AUGGUUCAUGGGCUUAGCAGCCUGGUCUCUCUCGUGUUGCGAGUCUUAAAUCUUGUUCCUGCGCUAAAUGUACAAAGUCUAGCUCUUGAGAUUCUGAAAUUUAUCCGUCAGACUGCCUAUCACUGGAUAGAUCUUGUCAGAGAAAAGGCCGACCUGGAGGUCAACGACAAGCGCAAGACAUACCUGGCUGCAAAGGCUACUCACAUUGCCUUAGCUUGCUCAGAUACAUUUAAUGUGGAAGACUUGUCUCGUAUCUUUGCGACCCCUUCGGAUAUCUCUGACCUUUUCCGAUGCUGCAUGCUAAUUCAUGACUGGAAGCACACGCUCAACAUGGGCUCAGAUCCAUUGCUGCCUAUUCUUUAUCGUCGAUGGCAAGAUCUCAGCCGUCGCAGCUGCGAUAUUCUUACAACAAAGAUUGUUUGCGAAUCGAAUGAAGGGUUAGACCUGGCACUCCAAAGAAUUUGGGCAGCAUAUGAUUCUAUUUCGCGCCAGUGGAAGACAGCGGGUACCUCUGAAUACUUGCUUAUGGCCGUCACAAGCGACACACUUGGUCGCAAUGUCAAUUUGCAAAUGCAUUUUAACAUACUCACUGGCGAAUUCCUUGUCAACGGUCGGCCGCUCGCUCGCCUGCCAUCAGCCUAUGAAUCCGACUCAAUUUACCAGUGUCUCUUUGGAAGGUCUCAAUUAAGCGUGAUGCCAAGCAAUAUUCCAGGAAUGGAAUAUUCGUGCCAGACACAAUGCAGAGCGCACACUGUGCACUUGGCAAUGCAGUCUUACUCAGACUCUCAGCCCGCUGAUAUGUUGGUUAGAGCUAACAAUGAAAAUGGAACCUGGGAGCUCAUUCCACGCAGGCUCUUGAUUACGCUCUUCCCUACUACCUUUGUGGAAGAAUAUGUUCAUUGGCGGGAUUUCGAUAACCGUUGGAUAGAAUUUCGCCCUGUUAAAGCUGCCUGGAUCUCCUCUAAUGAUAACUGGAGGCUGAAGAGGAAUUCAUUCAGCGAUAGCUGGUACCUUAAGAAGAAAGAUUCCCACUUGGUCAGCAUCACAAGCGAGACUGCAAAGCUCAUAUCUUGCAUCCUUCAGCCACUUGAGGUAUCCUCAAGAAUCCAUUGUAUUCUGAGCCGUGCAGAUUCUGUUCUUCACAUUGAGCUUCCCCGUCUGCAAUUGUGUUUCUAUCUCCAUUCGAAUUCCCGCUCUUUGCGAUGUUCACAAUAUCCGGGCAUGGAGGUCGCCAGCGAUCAAUCGUUGGGUUGUCUUACUGGUCUUGACAGUAAAUUGCUGCUCAUUCAUCGCAAAACCCACAGCAAGAUACUUCUGAUUCCCAAUGGUCAUGUUUGUUUCAAGUCCCGUUACUCUCACGUGGGUGUCACCGUUGAAUGGCGACCCGAGACUCGAAUUUAUGCAUAUUCGGUAGACUCUCAGCUAGGACGACUAGUUGACAACGGAAGUCUGGAUAGCAAGCUGCUCCUUUGCUAUCUGUAUGCUCUGACAUCUUAUUGUAUCCCAGACACUCUGACCAGAAUGACAGGGAUUGAGAAAGCUCUCUCAAUUCUUCGAUCGGCCUCGCUCAGAAGCUUUGAUCGACUCGGCCCAGAGCACGCGGGCAUAUUGCUGAAGAUAUCCAAGCUUACUCCUGUCAGAGCUUUCUAUCCAUCAGGCCUGAAAGUCAUGCAGAGUGUCAACUGGCAGUCCCAUCUCAGCUAUCUCACUCAUCACAAUGCUUUCUACGAAGAGGUUGCUACCAUAAUUAAUCAACACAAACAAACAAGCUUCCUUUAUGCGGAAGAAGACUCAAAUAAAAUUUUGUUGCCGCCGAUAAGUAAACAUUUACUUAAUCGUGACAAAAUCCGAAUGUCCAGUUUCCGUAUCGCUGGCUUCGGGGCAGAAGAUCACACGCAGACUUACGAUGCUACAUACCCUGGCCUCACAUCUUGCGAAAGUUCUCUUCAAGCUAAUAAAGCCUUCUUUAUGUCCAAGAUGGUCUACGAUGAAAUUCCCCGUGUGCGAGAACUCACAUCCGAAAAGACAUUCGAUCAUUUGUGGAACUUGUUCUCCACGGUAUAUUUCAUGCGAGGACCUUCUGUGGACGCAGGCCUUCCAAACAUCAGAUACGAUGCAAGCCUUUGCGAUAAUCCAAUUGGUUUCAUCGUCGAGUUUUGGUGUUACAUUCAUCAGCUCAUUGAAUCCCCAAAACGCCCCAACAGGUUUCAGUUAAUGAUCUGGCUCUCGACCCUAGCAUUUGCAAAUAAAACAGACAUUAUACUACUGAAAUCAUUGCGUCAAUUUACUUGUCACCUGAUGCAUCUGCCAUGGUUCCUCCGUGACGAUCGAAUUUCCAGCCUUCGGCAGGCACUGAGUUGGACUCUGAAACCGUGUCCAGUUGGAUUGAGAGCUGCGAUGUUGAUGCUCCAAACUUGGCUAUGA